AGGGUCCGGUCGCAGGAUUGGCCGCGCAGGCGCAGGGAAGGAUCCGUUUUGGCGGGCGGUUGGCGUUGCGCAGAAGGCGGCGGCGGCGGCGUCCCGUGGUCCGGCCUCGCCACAGAGGAACAGGGGAGGCGUUGGCGCGAGUGGCCGGUCUCGAUUCCGGAGGAUGCCUUUUAGCUGAUCAUUGUACUAAUGGGAAGGAGUCCAGGUCAUCCUGAGAAGAGUUGGCUUGUGCAGAGUCCAAGAUACAGCUUUGUUGGAUUUCUGAACCCGGUGGCCUUAGUCCUUCAGGUGGAACAGCUUGCGACAUGGGAAAGAAAACCAAGCGGACAGCUGACAGUUCUUCUUCAGAGGAUGAGGAGGAGUAUGUCGUGGAGAAGGUGCUAGACAGGCGUGUAGUUAAGGGGCAAGUGGAAUAUCUACUGAAGUGGAAAGGCUUUUCUGAGGAGCACAAUACUUGGGAACCCGAGAAAAAUUUGGAUUGUCCUGAGCUAAUUUCUGAGUUUAUGAAAAAGUAUAAGAAGAUGAAGGAGGGUGAAAAUAACAAACCCAGGGAGAAAUCAGAAAGUAACAAGAGGAAAUCCAAUUUCUCGAACAAUGCUGAUGAUAUCAAAUCCAAAAAAAAGAGAGAGCAGAGCAAUGAUAUCGCUCGGGGCUUUGAGAGAGGACUGGAACCAGAAAAGAUCAUUGGGGCGACAGAUUCCUGUGGUGAUUUAAUGUUCCUAAUGAAAUGGAAAGACACAGAUGAAGCAGACCUGGUUCUUGCAAAAGAAGCUAAUGUAAAAUGUCCACAGAUUGUGAUAGCAUUUUAUGAAGAGAGACUGACAUGGCAUGCAUAUCCUGAGGAUGCGGAAAACAAAGAGAAAGAAACAGCAAAGAGCUAAAGGAGGGGGUGGUCUCUGUCAUUUCUCUUUGUAUAUAAUACAUUCACCUCCCUGCCUCCUCUUCCUUCUGCCCACCCCCUUCUAUCCUAAACAUAUCCAUAAAAAAUGUGCUUAUCACUGUGCUCCACAGGAGAAAUGUUGGUAUUGGUUCUCUUGUAACAUAACUGAUGGUCUGAUUCAUGAUAAGUGUCUCUCUGUGAAGACCAGGCAUUUACAUACUGUGUGUAAUUCCCACACUUUUUUCCUUUGCCCUGAUCUCUUCCUUCUGCUCCCUUGUGACCUCAAGAUGAGUUUUAACUUUUUAAUCACCUUAGAGUCUUGAUCUUUUCAGGGUUGGUUCCUUUUUAGAUUGGGGGAUUUUGUUGUAAUGAUGAUGAAUUUUGGUUUCUUGCUUUGGUUCUUAGAACAUGUUGAUGACCAGUUAGCUUUUGUUUUGAGAUGUUGGGAUGGAAAAGAUGUUCCCAUCUUUUAAAAAAGCCAAUAGCAACUGCCUACCUGUUGGGGCUUUCCCAACCUCAUUCAGCUCUACCCAGUAGAAUACAGGGUUCCUGGUGUGGUCCUCUGGGCCACCCUCUGUUGUUUAUCCCCACUCAUCCUCCCAGAAUAGCUCCAUCCCUUGGAGGACUUGAAAUUUUACACUCAUAUUUGUUAAGGCGCUCUUAGCCCCAGGACUUUUGGCCUUGUUUGUUAGCAAUCCCUGAUUCUGCUUCUGCAAGGUGGUAUAGUCUGUCAUAAAAUGACAAGAUUAUGAACUGCGGAGAUUUUUUAGCUAUUUGUACAUGAGGAUGAUGGGGUAGGAUACAGUUGUCUUUAUGAUCACAUAUGGUAUAUAUGAAUUUUUUCUUUCCAUCCCUCACAUUUGGACUCUAUAUUUAUGUAGGUGUGAGUGACUGCCUGGUGCUUGCUUGUGCCAAGGUGCUAGGCACCCUCCUGCCCUGCCAGCUUUUGUGGCCUCCCAAAGCAUUCCUGGUACCAAAGAGGCUUCAGACCUGACCCUCACUUCUCAGUGGACCCAAGUUUCCCCUCCAUGCCAUUAUUUUCAGUGGGGAAUUCUUGGAGGGGAGCCCUUGGCCACAGUAUCAAUUUUAAGUAUUCAUAGCAUUUAUAGUCAUAAAUUUUCUGCUUUGUUGACGCCUGGAUUUGCCACCAAGAGUCUCCAAAGUAUUAUUGCUCUUCCCUUUUUCCACCCUCAAACUCACAGUUGUAUUUUAUUUUUCAAAAUACAUUUUUGUGGAAGACUAUCACCUCAGAGAGACAGGCCCUGGCAUUAGCAUGUUGACACAACCUUUUGUCCCUAUUCAGAAUAUUUCCCUUUGGCUUUCUCCUGCUUUGCCAUUGUAUUGAGAGAUCAUUAUCUGAUCUUCUGUUUCCAUCCGUGACCCCAAGAAAUGCCCUACUUCUCUUUAGCCAUUUCCUUUUAGUUGAGGGGGUGCUAGAGAAUCAAGACUAAAAAGUAAGGAAAUAGCAGGGUCAUGAGCCUCUGUGUCCCGGUCCAAAGCUGAGGAAUUAAGAAUAAAUGCUUGAAAUAGCCUUAACUCUAGAGUUCACUAGCCACUUAGGUGGUUUUUGUUGUGCUUUUGAUUUUUAAAACAUAUAGCUGUCUGGCCAGGAGCAUUCAACUAUUUCUAGAUUAUUCAGAGUAAUCAGGAGAAUGGAUAGAUUGCUCCAGUCCACAGAUGAGCUGAAUAAUAUGCAAAUCAUAUACCCAUUCAUAGCAUUUGUUACCAUUGCUUUCCUGCUCAGCUGCUGAUUGAAUUCUGUGUGCUUGUAUAAAUUAUGUCAAAAAUUAUACUGCACAGUUGAGAAGACAGCUGUUGCUGCAGUGACAUGACAGACUGGAACAAUGAAGCUUUUGGUUUAAGUCAUCCAGGAAAAUCCUUCUGAAUGGUAAUGUGAUUGGGUGAGAACUCCUAACCCAUACCUCAAGUGGGUAGGAGUUUUUAUCUCUUUCUUUACUCUGGAAGAAUUCAAGGCCUAGAUAAUUGACAGUUGAUUAGUACUUAAUCUGAUGGGCAUCUGAAAGAAAGAAAGGAUGGUCAGGAAACGGAUUUGUCAUACAAGUAGCCAAGGAUAUAAUUAGGGUAGACAAGAAUAAGUCAGAAGUAGGCCAGAGCCCCUGAGGAGGGGAUCUGGGCCUGUUGAUUUGCAGGUGGAGAAAAUGACAGCUUAUCCAUGGAGCCGGUGUGUGUCUCCCAGGAGCAGUGGGCCUAUAAACUACAGUGAGACUAUUUUUCAGACCAAAAUCAACAUGUGGACAAAGAACACAAAAGAAUUAGUUUAUGCUGAGAUUGGUUCUGAGAAACCUGGGGCACGUGGUUGCCAUGGUUAUAGGUGAUAUAUAAGACAUUUAUCAAAAUCUGAUUUUUAACAAAGGAAUUACCAUCUACUACUCAUCAGCUGUUUAAUACCUUACUCUUCACUCCAUCUUUUCUGUUCACAGUAUUGAAUCAUGGUCUUGUACUGAAUGCUGCCAGAACAAUUGUUGUUUUCUCCCUGCCUACCCACAUUCUAUAGGAAUUCCUACAUUCUAUAGGAAUGUAGGGAGCCAGAGGCCAGAAUUCUGACUUGAGCCCUCAGCAAAAGGAAACCACAUACUGGCCUGUGCCUCUGGCAUUUGUUAGUGCUGAGUAGCUAUCCUGGCCCUUGCAGAAUUGCAGCCUCAGAAGGAAACCUAUUUUCAUGGGGCUUUCUCCUCAGAAGAGUUAGUAGCCCUGGGCUAAAUAAGCACUCCUAAACAUCUAGGUCUCCGGUGCUCAAGCAUGCUUUUUUCCCUGUUUUUACUUAGUCUUCUUUCAAAACAUCUUUCUAAUGCUGAAUUUCUUUUAGUAAUCCCCAUUCAAGGAUCUCACUUUCCACCGUAGGUAACAGUAGGUAACAGAGCCCUGCCCGGCAAAGUUGACCAAGGUCAGUGUAGCUGCUUUUCUGAGCUCUGCACUGGGCCAAAGCCCUCAUGUUAGGAUUAGCUGUUAGGAACAUCAGCCUUGAUGGAAGCACCUGUUUUUAACCUGGAGAGAGCCAUAUCAUUUUUCCUCCCACAGUCCGGUUUUGGUCUGUUCAAGGAAGCGCUUGGGCCUCUGGUGUUCCUUAAUAUGAAUCUAGGCGGUCCUUGGCUGUCCCCCAGCCAUGGCCGUGUACUGCUUUUUGUUGUUGAUGAAAGGUUAGUCCUGUUUCCGUAGCUAGGGCAGUUAGGUUCUUCUUAACUCUCUUUGUUCCUGUUCUGUAGCUGUCCUGCAGUCCAUUAUCCUUCUGUUCAGGUCAGAGCCUAGGGCUUUUGGGAAGGUGCUUGGGAUUUUCAUCUUGUGAUUUUGUUGGAUCUGUGUUUGGUCCAGCUCACCUAAGGUACAGUAAGGGGUCAGAGGGAUCUAUCUUGUGUCUGGGCUGGGGAGCAGUUGUCUUUGCCCUCAGGAUUUGAGUUUGAGGACCUAAAAUAAAAUACUGCUUUCCAAUGACAUGAGAACCACAAGCAUGGUUAAGUCAUUAGAUUAGAAAUGUGGAAGUUAUUCCUCACAAAUGAGGUCAAAGGAAAAGCUCAUUUUGCAUCCAUACUUCUAUCCUUUUGGUUUAGGUUUUUGGAUUAAAAGUUAUAGUGUGGAAGUCUGUACCUUUGUAAUCAGACUGCCAAGCAAGCCUACCUGUGGCAAGGUGGAAAGAGGAAUGGUUUGGAUCCAGUGUAUUCUAGUUUCAUGCUGGCUUUAUCACUAAUCAUAAAAGUUAUAUUUUCAAAAACAGAUGUCACCAGCCUUGCACCCAGGGGUACAUGAUAUGCUCAGAAUUCAGUGUUCUCAUCCAAUUAAUAGUAGUGGAUUUAUAUUGAGCUGUGCAUGUUCCAACCAUACUAGUGUGCAGCAGCACUCAUUUUAUUCCACAAGCAUUUUUUUUGGCCUUAGGGGUACACGGUUCAAGAAGAUACACUCUUCUGAUUUCAAAGAACUUUCAUACUGUUGUGGGAUGAACUGAGUGUUAAUAGUGCAAUGUAAUAAGUGCUACAAAUAGGUACACAUUUUUGAUUUGGGGACAGUAGGUGGGUGAUGGUUCAUAGGGGGAUAGACCUGUGACCUUGGAUGAACUUAGCUAACUGGCCAUAGGUGGACUACAACGAGGGCUUGUUUUAUUCCAGAAAAUAAGGAUAGCUGAAGGUUGGUUAGCCUUGCUGUUGCUGAGAGAGAAAACAACAGGUGAGUGUGGAUUGAGAAGCCCCUCGUGUUGAUCCCUGUUUUGGGCUCUUUGCCAAAGUACUUAUGGUCUAGUUAAUCCUUGCUUGUGGAAUGUAUUAUCUAUGUUGCAGACCCACCUUUGUGUUGUUACAUUACUAUGGGUUCUGUGACGUUUAUUCCUCACGGACAUUUUAUCAGAGUCGCUCACACCUUUUUCAGUUUCUCAUCACUUUUGGAAGAAUUAUCGUGAGGUUGGCUUUAAGUUUAAAACAAGGACAUACUUUUCAAUGACGAGCGGUUUACUAAAAAGAAGGCGUCGGGCACACCUGUUAACACAUGAGUGUCUACUGUGUGCAGUGUAGUUUUAUUCAACACUGCAGCAUGGUGAUUUCUAAGGAGACGUGUCAGUUAUGUGGAAACCUCUCUAGGAAGCGCACAUACCUGGAGUUGCAGAUUUAAUCAAUCUAAGGAAGUCUAGGGUGAGGCCUUAGCCCUGCUAAGUAAGAAACGGUCUAAGAAAUGUCUUAAUUCUGAACUGUGUAACUACAAGAAAAAGGUACUUUUCUCUGUCUGGAUCAUUGAGAGUUGACUAACUUCGGAAGUCAGAAUUCCCAGGAAUGAGUAAGUGUUCUGGAAAAUUGAAAUGUGAAGGUUCUUUGGAUAGCUUCAUAAAAAUAAUUCUAAUUUCUUUGUGCUUGCGCUGGAUUUCUUGAAUUUUAAACUACCUCAUCUUGUCUUUUUAGAAGUUACUUCGGCUUGUCAUUGCCACUCUCACAUCAUGCUUGACUUUGAUUGUUUUCUAACAUGGAAUUUUUUUCUAUGCCUUGACAGCAUGUUCUCUUCUCAUCCUGAUCCUCAUCAUCUCAUAUUGUUCUUCCGUCAGAGAACUGUUUUAAAAUAGUUAGAAAUCUUGGCUUACGGGAAGUGGUCCUCCAAUGCUAUUUGUCUCUGGGAUCAGUAGGAAAGAGUUAAAACAAGGUGGUGAGGGCAGGGGACAGAACCUGCACUGGAGGCAGCUGAGGAGGGAAGAGCCAUUAAUUAAGACAAUUUCCAAGUCAACUGAUUGUGAUCAUUAAUGUCACAAUAGAUCAAAACCUAAUUAUCACAGCCUAGGUAAGAGCCAUCAGUAUUAAUCGGAAAAUCUAAUAGGAAACUAUUAUCAAGAAAUUAGGCUAAAUUGAAUGCAGUGAACUUUUUAUCUUGCCAUUCUGUUUGUGUGUGUGAGAGCGGGCGAGCGAUGUCCCUUGGCAUUGGCAGGUGUGACCCUCAUAGUUGAUCCUAGGUGCCGGUGGCCAGUUCAUCACAGUUUUUGAGGAAUUCCAAACAGACUAAACUGUCAUUUUAAUGUCUUGAACAUUAUCAUCACCUGGGCUUGUCCAGUGUGAUCAGCAAUCAAUGGAAAAAGGUUAAUAUUUAGGUCUUGGUGAUGGUUGGUCCUUCCUGGAAUGAGAGCAUCCCUGGUGGACAUUAUACCGUGUGUAUUGGUAGAUCAUUCUUUGAGCUUCUGAUGUAUGGAGAGUCCUGCUGCUCUGGCUAUUGCAAGGGGGUGCAGAGGGAAAAGAGGGGCAUUCUGCCUGGAGAGUCUUCAAGGAGACCCAAGAAGAUAGAGUUCAGUCAUGUCACAGCACUUUUAAAGUCUGUGUUUUACAGUUUCUAGUAGCUUUAGAAUUUGAUUCUAAACUAGGGCUGACUGUGGUUUUAGUUUUUUUCCUCUAGUUUUAGGAUAAGGGUCAUAAUGAUUACCACCAGAAUCCAGUUGUAAGUCCAGAGAGGGGGGAAGGUUUUCUUUCUUUCAAGCUUUCAUCAAAGAGUUACGCUCCUGUCAGGGUAUUAUUGAAUAUUACAAGAGUCUUACAGCUAGUCCUAGAGAACACUUCAUUCCCCUCUCUGAAUGGAAAACGAGGGGUCACCAUUUAUAUCCUUAAUCUCGAGAGCCAUUCAUGAGGAUCCUGGCAACUCCUGAAGUUAGACUGGUGCAGAAUGGUUGGAAAGAUGCUGCCUUGUGGGCAUUGAGGGGAGGGAUGAGCGGCAGCAGGAGGGGGCUGCGUCCUGCCACCUGGCCUGGCUUAGCCUGGGGAGAGUGCCUCCCAUUGGUGUCACUGCUGCUGCUAGGCCUGCGCCCCCUCCCCCGGCCUUGCGACUCAGGACACCACCGAGACUGGCCCUGGGGAUAGGGUUCUUGCAUUCUUGUUCGAAUGAGGUCUUUUUCUUGGGUUUUAGGAUUUAGGGAUAGGGGUUACUCAGUAUAGAACUUUCACCUCUUUAAGAGAAAGUGUGUAUUUCUUUACAAAAGAAUCAUGCCCUUAAUGCUUAAAAUGUAAUUUUAUUUGCAAAACAUCACUAACACAUGACUUUCAGAAGCAGUUUGUGUCUCCAAGGUUCAUUGCAUUAUGCCCGAUAAACAAUAGGCCCUCUGUUAAUAGUUGUGGGUUGGCUAAAUUCAUCUAGUUUGCAGAGUGAAGUGUACCUGCUGACUUCCUUUUGCAAGCAAAUGCGCUCUUAAGAGGUAAGGUGCCCUAGGGAGUGAAACAAGAUGUGAGUGGAUGCUGACUGUGUGUGCCAACCUCCUCAACUGGUUCAUAAUUGCUGACCUUGGGCAAGUCACUCCUUUCAAUGCCUCAGUUCCCCAUCUGUCAAAUGGGGUUAAUGAUACUGACCUACCUCACAGGGGUGUUGUGAGGCAUUGCAAAUCAAAGUUGGUAGAACACUUUAGGGUCCUCGAUGGAGGAUGCCUUGAGCCGAAGUCUAAAGUCUAGGCCUGACAUAGGCUUCAGUCCUCACUGAGCUGUCCCAAGGUUGGAACUACUAGUGACCUCGGCAAGUUCUCUGCCCCCCACCCCUCCUCAAAGCUGCUAGUUCAGAUGUUGACAGUGUUUUUGUGAAUGUUGGAGUCUUAAUAGUCCAGACGUAGGAUGUUAUGGGGGGAAGGCACUUAGUAUUUUCUAUGUCUUGCAUCCACAAAGAGAGGCUGUCUCAGACCCAGGAGCAUUGGAUUAGGGAACUAUGAGGCAGGGAUGCUACUGCUUGUUUCUCUCUGCAGGUUGGGAAUUAAGGUCCCAUUCCCCAAGGGAUUGGGACAGACUCCAGCUGUCUCGGGAGCAAAGUGAACACAGUGGGCUUAAUUUAUAUCCUUGCUUUUAUCGCGCGCCCCCCCCCAACUGAGUCACCGCACCCCCUCUUGCCUCCCUACAGGAACCAGCUGGUUCAAUAAACAUAACCACUUUCCCCGUCCCCUACCAAAAAAAGAGCCAUCUUGGGAAAAAAAAAUUUUUUUAGAGAUAUGUUUAACACUCUUCAAGCUUCAUCUGACUUUACUGUACUCAUUUGUCAUCUUUUUCUGUGUCCACAGUCUGAACCUGACUUUGACCUGUUUUCCCUCCAGUUUGGGAAAACUUUGGACACGAUUUCUAUUUGCCCAGAUGUGGGCUUAGCCAGCUCCUCUUCCCAACAGGGCUCUUUGUCCUUUCCCUCUCCUUGGCCCUAGACGUGUAACCCAUGGAAAAGCACAAGGUUCUGGCCCCUUGCUGUGGUCACAUUCCGGUUCUCCGUGCUUUGUGGACUUUGCUCUAUUCACCCAGCUCGGGCAGCGCCAGGUGGUCCUGUGGAGUUGUGGGGGAUGGAGAGAGCAGUCUGCCUCCUGCCAGGUAGCCAGGAGUUGACUCACCCGUGGCCCGGCAGCUCUGCCGCCCUGUCCCACAGGAUGGGACGUGAAGGACUCAAGAGGCUGGGCUCUCCACACUGUCUCAUCCUGUGUAGGAAAACACAUCACACUUGGUAGCCAGAUUUCUAAGUGGAAAAAUGGGAAAUUGAAUUCUCUAUGGACCUUUUGGUUUGUGGGGGAGUUUUGGUUGUGUUUCUUGGUUUUAGUUCAGCCAAACAUGUCGGCUUUUCAUUUUUUUAUUUUUUUAGGAUAAGUGAUAUAUAUAUGUUCGCCUUUUAAAUGUAAAUGUUUAAAAGUAGGCAAUUUAUGUGUUUCCACAACUGACAUUGAUGCAGACCUCAUUCUCUCCCCCUCUUCCACCCUCCUCUUUUCCCUCUUUUCAUACUCUUGUAUUGGUUCUAAUAAAUGGUUGCUUUUCAAAUAUG